AUGCCUAGCGUCACCACCAUCGAUGGCUAUACCUUUGACAAUUGGGGCCCUGUGACUACCACUUUCACGCCCCCUGCGACCUGUGCAACCUCAACUACUAAUAUCAGAAUUGGACCGACUCAAAACGGCUCUGCUCCUUACUUUCUAUAUGCCCAGCAGUGUUCUACUAUCGGAUACUGGGACUGUAUGCCAACUGGAAUAGAAUCCAAGGCUGUCAUCACGGCUUCCACCUUUCAUUCAAACCCCACAGAUGCAUUCCGGCCCAUGUAUUUCUCUCCAGGCUUAUAUUGCCCUUCUGGAUGGGCAACCGUGGGCCUUGCUGCACGCGGAGAAAGCACGCUGAGUGGAUCAGGAAUCCUGAGCACGGCCUCUCCGAUAUACAAUCCCGAUAUUCCAGAAUUCGAAAAUCCCGCGACUUUGAUCAUGAGUCUACUCGACCCAAGCGAGACUGUUGCGAUGUGUUGUCCAAGGUUCGUCCAGAAAAAGAGUCCAUGGAUUAGCGAAUAG